ACAAACAGUGAAAUACCUACAAGGUCCACAACAAAAGACAUGUCAAGAUGAUCGUGUUAUGGGUUACGCUCCUUCUUCUCCAUCAAGGAUAUUUCUGUGUGUUUUCUAUGAAAUUAGAUACACUUGUUCCAGUAACUACAGUUCAACUUGGGGAAACUAUAACCAUCCCAUGUCAUCUGCCAGCGAUUGAGACCAUUCGUAAAGAAGUCCAUUGGUACAAGCAGAGUGCCGGGGACACUCUGAAAGUAAUUUGGACAAUGAGGGAAUCUGCAACACUUGAGUAUGCACCUGAGUUUAAUAACUCCAGACUGAAGGUCAAUCACGAUAAACAUUUUACCAGCCUGACCAUUUUGAAGACAAAUCAAGAGGACGAGGGAAUCUAUCACUGUGGAUUCACAGAAUGGCGUAAGAAUACUAAAUGGACCGGGACGUAUUUGUUAGUUAAAGGAAACACCCAGAGAACGUCAAACUACACUGUUGUUAAGGAGAAAGUCCAUCCAGGAGACUCUGUGACUCUUCAGUGUUCAGUCCUCUCCAGCUCUAACAGAAAGACAUGUCCAGGAGGUGACAAUGUGUUCUGGUUCAGGGAAGCAAAUACAUCUCAUCCUAGCAUCAUAUACACUGAUGGAAACAGACAUCAUGAAUGUGAGAAAAGAUCUGAUACUGAGCAGAGCUGUGUUUAUCGCUUGUCUAAGAACAUCAGCUCCUCUGAUUCUGGGACUUACUACUGUGCUGUGGCGACAUGUGGAGAAAUAUUAUAUGGAAAUGGAACAAAACUGGACAGUCGAGAAACCAGAGUGUGGUCACAGAUGGCAGGCAGCAUAAUUUUUCUACUGUGCACUGUCUUGGCUAUAAGUCUGAUUGUUAUAGUUGCCCUCAUUUGGACGAUCAAGAAAAACAGUGAUCAUUGCAGAGCUGAUAUCCAGAGGAAAUAUUUUACUGAUCAGAAGAAACAAGAGAAUAAGGACACAUGGAUGUUUUCUGUUGUUGUUUUUACCACAAUGAAAGCUGAUGGAUGCACAAAAAAGAAUGCAAAACCUAUGAAGAAGGAGCAGAUCUACACAGCUGCCGAGGCGUUUCUCUUUGGUUAGGCAUAUUUACCAUUCUUUGAUAUGAAAUUACCUAAUUGAUGUUUGCUUAGACAUAGUUAUAUUAAAUGCAUCUUGAUAAUGAAAAUGUGGACUUCUGCAUAGAGCUAUAGUAACAAAGUAUACCUCUUUAAAUUCAAUGGUCUUUGGUUUUAUAGAGGUAGCAAACUUACUUACUUAGAUCAUUUUCAGUACCUGCUUCUACUUUUCCUGCUAAUUUCUAUGGAAGGAAUCAAAGUUUUUUAUUCUGCAUUUUAGCUUAAUCUUUGUAACAUAAAUAUGAUACAAUGUAAUAUGUUUUGUCGUUCAUCUGAAGUUGUAUUUAGCUCACUAUGAAAUCUGCUGGGAAUGGGUUUUUAAAAUUUUUUUAUUAUGUGUUGAUAUACACCUAAGAACUGAAAGGAUUAACAUUC